CAGCUUUGCAGUCAUGUUAGGUGAAUUUGCUGUAGGAGUCUUUUUACGAUUGGCAACAUCAUUGACACCACUAAGUCAUUGGCUAGAAGAAAGAGUGGAGAUAACGACCCCAACAUCUAGCUGGAAAAGGAUUGAAGAAGGAAUUGCAUUAAAACAGUUUGGCCUUGAUCCUUAUGCUGGUGAUAUCGUACAUGAGCCUCCCCUAAACAUCAUGAUGUACAGUUUAAUAUCAAGUUAUUCCUCCUAUUUCUUUAUACUAGUGGACAUUCUUUCAGCACUGCUCCUCAAAAUAAGUAUAGACAGAAUACACAAAAAUAUGGUGGAUCAGGAAGACAAUGAAGAAUGCCAUUCAACUUUUGAGAAGCUCAAGAUGAAACUAAAUGAGAAAACCGGAUAUUACAGUCUACUUAUUUUCCUGUUUAAUCCCUAUUCUAUCGCGCUCUGUGCUUCUAAGUCGACCCAGUGUACCACGAACCUGCUGUAUGCUGUAAUGCUGUACGGAGUGAGUAUUAACAGCGUGGUGCUAGUGUCUGUAGUCACUGCUCUGGCCAGCUACUCCACUCUCUUCCCUGUCAUGGUCCUCGUUCCUAUCUUCCUGCAUCACAGGAACAAGGCUCUCACCGGAAUAGUGACGUUUGUAGUAAGCUUCUCCCUGCUGCACUACACUUCCUAUCUAGUUUGCGGAGGUAACUGGAGCUACGUACAGUCUGUGUACGGGUUUAUCCUCACAGUUCCCGACUACACACCUAAUAUUGGGGCUGCUUGGUAUUUCUUCUCUGAGAUGUUCUCUCAUUUCACCGUCCUCUUCCUCUCUGUUUAUCAGUUGAACCUGCUGCUCUACUCGCUGCCCCUGUCCCUCAAGUUCCCUAACUCUCCUCCUCUCGUCAUCUUCUCACUUCUCAUGGUUCUCGCUCUCUUCAAGCCUUACACUUGUGUUGGAGAUUACGUGGUCCCCUUCGCCAUGCUGCCUCUUUGGUUACAUCUCUUCAAAUACCUCCAACAGUUUUACGUUGUUGCUGUUGCUACUGUGGUGCUGACUCUGCUGUGGCCUGUGUUGUGGUAUCUGUGGGUGCACUGCCUCAACGCUAACAGUAACUUCUACUUUGCUAUUACUCUCGCCUUCGUCCUAUUCCAAAGCUUCCUUCUCUCAGAUAUUCUGUACGCAAAGAUGAGACGAGAUUAUGCUCUAAAGAAUGGGAUAGAGACGAAGAAGAUAGAUGGUCAAGAUACAGUCGUUACUCUUAACUAACCAUUAUAUUAUAUUACUUUAGUCUUAUUAGUAUAACAUUUCAAUAAAUUAGAAUAGUGGUAGUGUAGAGGAUUAAAUCAUUUAUCUCGUUAUAUUAAUAUUAUGUUGAAUAAAUUGGACUCUGAGAUUACAGAAAAUUGAUGAAAUUAUCUUUAAAGCUUUAAAUUGCAUUUGAAUUGGAAUACCAAUCAGUAUUUUUCAAUCUCAGAGCCACUUUAUCUGUGUUAUUUUAGUUUAUCGUUUUGUUUACCUGCUGUUAUUGUUAUAUUAAUUAGAAUACACUUGUAGGGAAAUACAUCACCAGACUUUGUUCUUAGAGUCCACUUAAUAAUAGUUUAGAUUUUGAAUUUUUUCGGCUUGUUAACCUUGUGUUUGUAACAUUUAUUUUGGUUAUCUAAGUUUUGCUAAUAUCAGUAUGAUGCUGUUUUUCAUUGCGCCAAUUAAUAACUGAACUUAACACAGUAUUCUCGAAAUUUGUGCUCGUGUAAAAAAUUACAAAUGAAAGGUUCCUUUUUGAU